AUGAACACCCAGGUAUUUGUAGGACGGGACCACCUCACCCACUUGUCCUUUGAUCAGGACUGGGAUCAGUCAGAGUGCCCGGCCUACCCCACCGAGCUUGUGUUUGGUCUGGACAUGUCUGAGGACGUGACCCCGGUAACCUUUGAGAGGCAGCGUUCUGCCCUCCUCUCCCUGCUGGAGGACAUCACCAUCACCGAGAGCAACUGUCCAACGGGUGCUCGCGUCGCUGUGGUGGGUUACAGCAGUCACACCAAGUACCUGAUCCGCUUCCAGGACUACCACCGUAAGAAACAGCUGAUCGAAGCUGUGAAGAACAUCGCCCUGGAGAGGACGGCCCAACGUCGUCAGCUUGGUGCCGCCAUGCGCUUCGUGGGUCAGCAUGUCUUCAAACGCACUCGAUCAGGAAUGCUGAUGAGGAAGGUGGCCGUCUUCCUCUCUAACGGGCCUGCGGCAGAUGCUAAUGAUAUCGUCACAGCCAUGAUGGAGUACCGUGGCUCCAACAUCGUCCCAGCAGUCAUCUCUCUGAAAAACGCUCCGGCUAUCAGUCGAGCGAUGGAGGUCGACGACUCAGGACGUUCCAUCUUCACUGUGCUGGGGAGGGACAUGGCCGCUGACCUGAGGAAGGUCAAGAACUGUGUGAUCUGUUACGACCCCUGCAGACGUUCGGACCUGUGCGCUUUCAUCCAGGAACCACUUCGGCCUCAGCAGGUUGAUCUGGACCUGGUGAUGGUGUUGGACAGCUCCAGGGAGAUACAGGCUGAUGAGUACGCUGGCGCCCAGAAGCUGCUUGGCUCUGUGGUGCAACAGCUGGUCGUGAGCCCACAGCCCCGCAGGGCCGGCAACCAGGCCCGUGUGGCUGUAGUCCAACAGAGCGGCACCCGGACUCCCAAGGUGGAGUUUGGACUAGGCACCUACCAGAACCACAACCUGAUGAGGAGCCACCUGCUGCGGAACAUGACUCAGCAGGGCGGCUCCUCGGUGCUGGGACAGACGCUGGAGUUCACCCUGAGGGACGUGCUCCUGAAGGUCAGCCAGCCCCAAAAGAGUAAGGUGAUGCUGACCGUGGUGGGCACCCGCACGGCUUACGAGGACCAAGCCAAGCUGCGCUACAUCUCCCAGAAGGCCAAGUGCGAGGGGGUGGCGCUGUUUGUGGUGACAGUCAGCGAGCGCUACGACCGGGCACAGGUGGAGGAGCUGGCCAGCCCGCCCUUAGCACAGCACCUGGUCCACUUGGACAAACUGAAGGCAGACGAGCAGGACUACGCCCAGCGCUUCUUCAGAGUCUUCCUCACCACCCUCAGCAAGGGAAUGAACACGUAUCCACCUCCUUCUUUAAAACGGACAUGUGACGAGCUGAGGGGCCAAGAUGGAGGUCACAGGACGAUGGGACACUGUUAG